AUGGCGGCGAUCACGGCCUCGCCCAGCCGUGUCUGGGUGAAAGAAAGGCCGCGAGCCGUGGGAAGGAGCCGCACGUUGAAGCCUCCGGGCCCAACUGCCUUGGCCCUGUGGUCCAAGACCUCGCAAUGGGCCUGUAUUCUGGCCUGCUGCAGCAAGUCAGGCUACCAUUCCCGUCGCUGGCGCGCACGAAGUGCAGUGGCAACCGAUGACGGGAUGGGAAUCCAGGUGGCCACGCCUCCUGUCAUGGGUGGUCCAGUUGGAGAGGUGCCGUUCGAAGAACCCGACUUCCAGGAAACUGCGGGAGACGUGGAAUUUGUGAACAGCUACAAGGUGGGAGCAGCGGUGGUGAAAAUUUUCGUCACCAGACAGCGCCCAGCCUUGGUGGUGCCAUGGCAGACUCAGCAGGUGGAGUCCACCAGUGGCAGCGGAACCUUCAUCCGCCGGCGUGGCGGAGACCCCUUGGAGGAGGAUGUGAAUGGCCGCAAUCAUUUGGAGCCGCCGUAUCUCCACUUCAACGACGUGAAUCAGGCCAUUGAGAGUUUCGAUGCAGACCUCGUCCUCACAGCUGCUCACGUCGUGGCCGACGCGCGGGACAUCCGUGUGCAGCUGCUGGCGUGUCCUGGCGCCUCACCGGAGAAAUUCUUCGCACGUGUCGUCGCUGUUGCACAUGAUUGUGAUUUGGCCCUCCUGGAGGUCCGCGACCCGCGUUGCUUCGAAGGGGCCACACCCAUGGAGCUGCUGAAGCCGCAGGAGAUGCUGGAAAUGCAGUCCAGGGUGCAGGUGAUGGGAUUCCCCAUUGGAGGGGACUAUUUGAGCAUCACAGAGGGUGUUCUUUCCCGCAUUGAGGCGGCACCGUUUGUGUGUGUGUGGGCACCAACUGGAACAUCAGGAGUUGACAUGGAACCCAUAGACACAGAAUUCCACGCAAUAUUCCACGCACACUGUACUUAUAAUAUACAAGUGCGGACAGCUUUGUUUCAAUAUCAGAGGCAUCAUCGUUUAUUUGGAGUUUCCUGCUUGCAACAUACCCAGACUAUCCUUGGGGCAAAGAAAUCUGCCUUUUUCGGGAAGAGCGGUAUCACGUUUCUGCUGCGCACAUGUUUUGUUGCACAUGUUCCCCUUCAGGGAUCUAGUGAGAUGAAGACUAUAGAGGCUCUGAACAAGCGGUUUUGGAGAUGGCAUCGAGUCGUUUUCACUGGCGAGAUCAACUCACUGAGAAAAAGAAGAAUGGCCGCACUUAAGCUUUCACCUCCACACGCAAAUCUGGCUGUUGUCGUGUGA